AUGCUUGGGGAAUGUUGGGACGGCUUCUCUUUGGUCGAGGGUACGGCGGUUAUGGUAAUUAUGGAUAUGGCGGAUAUGGCGGUGGUUAUGGCUAUCCGUAUGGUGGUUAUGGUGGUGGAUAUGGUGGUGGAUAUGGUGGUGGAUAUGGUGGAGGAUAUGGAGGAGGAUAUGGAUAUGAUACUUCUUCAAUAUAAACCAUUGGACGAAGACAAUCGUGUGGCUUCACCCGUCACCUCAUCCGAAUUAGCCGCCGCUCUUGAAAAGCCAUCGACUAUCGAUAAUCGAGUGGCCCAGGUCGUCACAUCAGCCGAGGUAGCUGCAGUGCUCAAUAGGAUUCUACUCAUUUUCCCAUUCGAAUCGAUGAAUCGUUUCCCGCUGCAGCGAUAUUUUUCCACUACAGCUGCUUUGGCCAGAUCUUCUCGUUGGGUGGAUCGGCAAGAAAUCUCGUAUCCAAUCUUUGGGAGAGAACCGAAAUGGGCGAAGCUGGACAAAGCUUUCGAUGGACUCAAAUCGGGCUCCAACAUCUUUGUCCACGGAAUCGCCGCCACACCGACCCCACUUUUGAAGGCUUUGUGUGAAUAUGUGGUGGCAAACGAUUUGCGAAACAUUAAACUCCACCAUCUCCAUUUGGAAGGAGAGACACCGUGGUUAGGAGAAAAAGUUAGAGAGAGAAUUCGCUCGAACUCGCUCUUCACCGGCUCUAACCUCCGAUCGGCUGUGAAUGAAGGAUUCGCCGAUUUCAACUCGACUUUCCUCCACGAGGUGCCGAUGCUUUUCCGGAAAGGAGCCAUCAAUUUGGAUGUGGCUUUGAUACAAGUAUCCCCACCAGAUGCAAACGGUUAUUGCUCUCUCGGCACAUCGGUCGACACAGCUCGUGCUGCCAUCACAAAUGCCAACCAUAUUAUAGCUCUCUCGAAUAAGAACAUGCCUCGAACGUUUGGUGACGGUCUCAUUCACGCCUCGCAAAUCGAUGUCCUCGUCGAAGAUAACAAUCACAAAUUACAUGAGAGACAUUUCGAGAAAAACACUAGUGAACAGGCGACGAAAAUCGGACGAAUCAUCGCCGAGAAUCUCGUCGACAAUGGCGCCACUUUGCAAAUGGGUAUUGGUGGAAUCCCCGACGCAGCUCUAGCAGCCCUCACCGAACACAAAGAUCUCGGCAUUCACACCGAAAUGUUCUCCGAUGGAGUGCUGCCGUUGAUCAAAAAAAAUGUGAUCACGAAUGGGAACAAAACAAUCCACCCCGGGAAACUCGUUGUCUCGUUCGUUUACGGCUCCACUGAGCUUUACGAUUUCCUCCACGACAAUCCGCUUGUCGAAUUCGGUGAUGUACAAUGGGUAAACGAUCCGGCAAUCAUCCGGCAAAACCCAAAAGUCACGGCCAUCAAUUCGGCUGUCGAGAUUGAUCUGACGGGACAAGUUGUCUCCGAUUCGGUGGGCAAACGCUUUUUGUCGGGUUUCGGUGGACAAGUCGAUUUCAUCCGCGGAGCCGCUGUCUCUGAUGAUGGAUUAGGACGACCGAUAAUCGCCCUACCGUCGAUCACCGCUAAAGGAGUGUCGAAGAUCGUUCCCUACAUUAAAGAGGGCGCUGGUGUGGUCACAUCGCGAGCCCACGUCCAUUACGUUGUCACUGAGAACGGAAUCGCGCAGCUAUGGGGCAAAAAUAUGAGGCAACGAGCGUACGAGUUGAUCAAGAUCGCUCAUCCAAGCGUGCGGGAAGAGCUCGAAAAGGAGGCUUUCAAGCGAUUAAAGAUAAUGCCAUCCGCUGAU